GCGAGCCCAAGAUGGCGGCUCUCAGGCUGGCGCGCUCCGUGCUGCGGAGGCUUUGAGGUGGUCGCCGGGGGUCGGGGGGCACGAUUUCCCCGCCGCGGGGGCCCUGGAGGAUGAAUAGGGGGCCCUGCUAAGGUUCGGCGGCGGGGGUGGAGAGCAGCGGCAGCCAGCGCUGCGGUGGAGUCCACGGAGCGGGAUGUGCGAGAGUUACUCCAGGUCGUUGUUGAGGGUCUCGGUGGCGCAGAUCUGCCAGGCGCUGGGCUGGGACUCGGUGCAGCUCAGCGCCUGCCACCUCCUCACGGACGUGCUGCAGCGCUAUCUGCAGCAGUUGGGACGGGGCUGCCACCGGUACUCCGAGCUCUAUGGCCGAACAGACCCAAUUUUGGAUGACGUUGGUGAAGCUUUCCAGCUUAUGGGGGUUAGCCUUCACGAACUAGAAGACUAUAUUCACAAUAUUGAGCCUGUCACGUUCCCACAUCAGAUCCCUUCAUUUCCUGUUAGCAAGAACAACGUACUCCAGUUUCCUCAGCCUGGAAGUAAAGAUGCAGAGGAAAGAAAAGAAUACAUUCCUGAUUACAUGCCACCCAUCGUGUCUUCUCAAGAAGAAGAAGAAGAAGAGCAGGUGCCCACCGAUGGGGGGACGUCGGCGGAAGCCAUGCAGGUUCCCCUGGAAGCAGACGACGAGCUGGAGGAGGAGGAGAUCAUCAAUGACGAGAAUUUCUUGGGUAAGAGACCGUUGGACAGUCCGGAAGCCGAGGAGAUGCCCGCGGUGAAGCGGCCGCGACUGCUGAACGCCAAGGGGGACGCGCUGGACGCGGUGCUGUCGGAAGCUCGGGAGCCGCUCAGCUCGAUCAACACGCAGAAGAUCCCCCCGCUGCUGUCUCCCGUCCACGUGCAGGACAGCAGCGACCCCGCGCCCGCGUCGCCAGAGCCGCCGAUGUUAGCGCCCGUCGCAAAAUCACAGCUGCCAGCCGCAAAGCCCUUAGAGACAAAGUCGUUCACGCCGAAGGCAAAGACGAAAACGACGUCUCCGGGACAGAAGUCUAAGUCCCCUAAAACUCCUCAGGCGCCGGCAAUGGUCGGAAGUCCCAUCCGGUCCCCGAAAACGAUGUCCAAAGAAAAGAAAUCUCCUGGACGUUCCAAGAGCCCCCGAAGCCCCAAGAGCCCCAAGGCUGUGUCCCAUGUCCCCCAAACACCCGUCAGGCCCGAGACGCCAAACAGGACCCUUUCGGCCACAGCAGGCGAGAAGAUGAGCAAAGAGGCCCCCGCGGUCACACACGUGCACAUCCCCCCGGACCCAGGGAAGCUGAGCACUGAGAAUCCGCCCAAAAAGGCCCCGGUCACCGACAAAACCAUCGACGACUCCAUCGACGCCGUGAUCGCCCGGGCCUGUGCCGAGAGGGAGCCGGACCCUUUCGAGUUCUCCUCGGGCUCAGAAUCAGAAGGCGACAUGUUCACCAGCCCUAAGCGCAUCUCGGGGCCGGAAUGCAUGACUCCCAAGGCCGCCCCCUCCAACACCUUCACUAAGGCGGGGGCCACGCCGCUGCCUCUGGCCAGUGGGACGUCCAGCUCGGAUAACUCCUGGACGAUGGACGCCUCCAUCGACGAGGUCGUACGGAAAGCAAAGUUGGGGACGGCGCCCGGCGUGCCCCCCAGCUUCCCUUACCUGUCGUCUCCCUCCAUCUCCCCUCCCACGCCCGAACCCCUGCACAAGCUGUACGAGGAGCGGGCCAAACCGCCGUCCUCGGCGGACGUCAAAAAGAAGUUGAAAAAGGAACUGAAGACGAAAAUGAAGAAGAAAGAGAAGCAGAGAGACAGGGAGAGGGAGAGAGACAAAGGCAAGGACAGAAGUAAGGAGAAGGAGAAAGGGAAAGAUAAGGAGAAGGAAAAGGAAGCCAGCAAGGAGACCAAGUCCCCGUGGAAGGAGCUCCUGCGGGAGGACGAGUCGGACCCCUACAAGUUCAAAAUCAGAGAAUUCGAGGACGUCGACUCCAAAGUGCGGCUGAAAGACGGGCUCGUGAGGAAGGACAAGGAGAAGCAUAAAGAUAAGAAGAAAGAUAGAGAAAAGGGCAAGAAGGAGAAAGAGAAGCGAGACAGGGACAGAGUCAAAGAGAAGGGUCGCGAGGACAAGGGGAAAGCGCCACCAGCCCCCCUGGUACUGCCACCCAAGGACGUGGCCCUGCCCCUGUUCAGCCCCGUCCCGGCCGCCAGGGGCCCGGCCCUGCUGCCCUCCCUGUCGCCCAUGCUGCCCGAAAAGCUGUUUGAAGAAAAAGAGAAACCUAAGGACAAAGAAAGGAAAAAGGACAAAAAGGAGAAGAAGAAAAAGAAAGAGAAGGAGAAGGAAAAGGAGAAGAAAGAGAAGGAGAGAGAGAAAGAGAAGAGAGAGAGAGAGAAGAGAGAGCGAGAAAAGGAGAAACACAAGCACGAAAAAAUAAAAGUGGAGCCAGCUGUUCCAGCCCCAAGUCCGGUUAUCCCCAGAUUAACCCUCCGAGUCGGUGCUGGCCAAGACAAGAUCGUCAUCAGCAAGGUGGUUCCAGCCCCGGAGCCUAAGGCAGCUCCCUCUCUGAACAGACCCAAGACCCCGCCGCCCGCACCCGCCACCGCACCCGUCCCUGUGCAUGUCACCCCUCCCCCGGUGCCCUUGCCACUCCUCACACAGUCCACCGUGUCCCCCGCUUUAAUGGCGUCUCCAUCCCCUGCCAUCUCUGGAGCUGGAAGUUCCAAAGCCCCCGUCCGGAGCGUGGUAACGGAGACAGUCAGCACUUACGUGAUCCGAGAUGAGUGGGGAAAUCAGAUCUGGAUCUGUCCUGGAUGUGACAAGCCUGACGACGGGAGUCCCAUGAUUGGGUGUGACGACUGUGACGACUGGUACCACUGGUCCUGCGUGGGGCUGAUGACCGCGCCCCCGGAGGAGAUGCAGUGGUUCUGCAACAAGUGUGCCAACAAGAAGAAGGACAAGAAGCACAAGAAGAGGAAGCACCGGGCGCACUGACGCCCCGGCCCUGCGCCCCGCGGGUGGCGGCGCGGGAGGCGGAGGCAAAAA